AUGAGGCCACGAUGUGGCUACGCAAACGCCGUGGUCACUUUUUCGUCGUUGCCAUGUUUGUUGACAACGUUCUGCUUCGGUGCGGAGACUUGUGGCGCAUUUACUGCGGCGAUAGUGUGCCCACAGCGAUGGUGCGCGGCGUUAGGUGAAAGGAGGUUGAGCCGAAGGCGUUACUCCGCGGCAAACACAAAAGGACGGUGCAAACACGUUUAUAACAUCAUUAAUUCAUUGAAACUGGUUCCCAAAGCGGUGCUCGCUUCAGAAUUUGAUAAAUUGCAUCCACGGGAUAAGUUGGACGUGAAACGGGCGCUCGUACGAAGACGUAGCCGUCGGAGUAGUUGUUUGCCUGUUUUUAAAAGUGCGUUGUUCAAUAGAAAGUACUUUUUCAGGGAGGCAGAUCUAACGGAAGAUAGUACGCUCGGUCGUGGUCCUGGGGGGCAGGCAACGAACAGGCGGAAACAGACGGCUAUUGUGAAGCAUGUGCCAACUGGAAUUACCGUGAAGUUCAGCAAGUUUCCCUCUUACUGGCUUAACAGGAGGGCUGCACGGGAUGUCCUCAACCUGCAGCUGGAGGAACGUAUGCUCGGGUCGAAAUCGGAGCUCGGCCGUAUACGGGAUCUGCGAGAGAGGCGGCGUUUGUGGCGGCUCAGAACAACGUGUAAAUUAGUAGAAAGGGCAAGUAAAAUCGCUGCAAAACGUAGUCAGAGACAUGAGUUCCAUUCCGUACUUACCAACCAACAACCCCUUUCCCGCGUGGCGGUUCUGCAGUUGGACCUUGACCAAAGUAAACAGCCGAUGUACUUGUCUGACCUCUUCGAUAGGGAGUGCGGGCAGUGGUGGCCGUUGCUUUCGAAAGCCUUCGUGAGAAUAAAUGCUGAAUCAUCGAAUGAAAAAAGCGCUAAAGUACCGGAUAUAUUGUUCUACACGUUCCCUUCAGUUCGCAGGCACGGCGAAAGUGUAACUUCCGUCGAGCAGUAUGAGAUGAACCAGGUUAAAAAAUGUGCCGCCGAUGAAGUAUGCCUCGCGAAUGUGAAACGUGCGUUGAAGUGCUUUGUUGAACUGUUUGGUCUUCGGUUGUACGAGAAGCCAACGACAACCGCAAAAAACUGUAGUGUUUUGGUGCUCGGACGUGACGGUCUCAACUGGAUGGAGUUCCGGGGGAGGAUGGUGGAUUCAAGUGGUUUGAUGACCCCAUUAGCACUUGCUUGCUUUGCUCAUGUGACAUUGAGUCUUGCACAGCUUCGGUGUGCGCGUGAGGUGAAUGCAAUCCGGUCCUUCUUUCGUCGCGAAGCAAAAGCAGGGGUGCCGGGGAAAUGGGCAGUACAGGGUCAAGAGGGGAUUACUGAGGUGUUAAGGUGCUGUGAGCUCCAUGAAGAGCAUCACCCGACUGGCGUGGACGGUGUUGUGUAA